AUGGGCGAGUACUCGAAAGCACUUUCAUCGUUCGAACGAUCACUUGAAAUCCGAAAAAUAGCUCUCCCUCCGAAUCAUCCCGACUUGGCUUUCUCUUACACUGGUAUCGCUUUGGUGUAUAAUAACAUGGGCCAGUACUCAAAAGCACUUUCAUCAUCUGAACGAUCACUUGAAAUCCGGAAAAUAGCUCUCCCUCCGAAUCAUCCCGACUUGGCUUACUCUUAUUACAGUAUCGGUUUGGUGUAUAAUAACAUGGGCGAGUACUCGAAAGCACUUUCAUUGCACGAACAAUCACUUGAAAUCCGAAAAAUAGCUCUCCCUCCGAAUCAUUCCGACUUGGCUUUCUCUUACACUGGUAUCGCUUUGGUGUAUAAUAACAUGGGCCAGUACUCAAAAGCACUUUCAUCGUCUGAACGAUCACUUGAAAUCCGAAAAACAGCUCUUCCCCAAAAUCAUCCCGACUUGGCUACUUCCUACAACGACAUCGGUUUGGUGUAUGAUAACAUGAGCGAGUACUCGAAAGCACUUUCAUCGCAAGAACGAUCACUAGAAAUUCGAAAAAUAGCUCUUCCUCCGGAUCAUCCCGACUUCGCUCAAUCCUACAACAACAUCGAGAAUGAUAAAGAUUCAUCAAUAAUAUCAAACACAAAUAAAGAUACAAAAGUUAUUUUUGAACGAUUACUUUCAACAACAUUAUUUUCUAUAAAAUCAGUAGUAAGUCUUAUUUCUACACAAGAUUUAUUAAAAAAUUUGGAAGAAACACUUAAUUAUUUUCAAUCAACGUUCAAUGUACAAAAGAGGUAAAACUUCUUUUAAAUAAUACAUAUUAGUUAGAAAAUUUCAGUUGUUAAUCUUCUUCUACUAAUCGGUUGAGCUAAAAUCUUUAGGAUGUCGUAUUGGGUCUGAACCAGAGACUGGCUGGCAGGGCAAAAACGUUUAUCCUAUGCCAAAAAAAUUAAAAAAAAGGGCUAAUUAUUUCAUCUUCAAUUCAUUUUGAUUGUAAUUUCACAAAUAAUUUUGAAUAAAUUAAACCUUGCUUAUAAAAUGAAGUUGAUUAGAAAUGUAAUCGAGUUUUUUCUUUCUACUACAUGUCUUAAGAAAUUUGAAUAUGAAAUGAUUACUUGCUCAAAAAAUUAAUGAACAAGGAAAAAAUUGCAAGAAAGAAAAGUUGCCUUUCAUUCAGAAGACCUAAUUUUAAUCAAUGAAAUUAAAAGAUGGUCGAUUUUUAUCAAACGCAAGUCAAGAAUAGAAGAUCAUAUUUUAUGUUAGAAGACCACGACGCACUUAAAAAAUUUCAUAAAGCAUAACAGAAGACAUAUGAGUUCUUUUAAAUUUCAUGUCGAAAAUUCUGCUGACUUUAUGAAAUUUAGCACAUUAAAAUUUUGUUUUUCAGCAAUAACUUUAUUUUUGAAUUAUGGUAAAGAAUAAGUAUAAAUAAAAAUAAAUCUUGAUAUCUAUAAAAUGAACAUAGAUAAAUUGUUUAUUUUUGAAAAUUAAAGAAUGAAGGAAAAUUUGUUCUGUUAGAGAUAGAUAGACAAAUACAUAGUAUAACAACUGGAUAUGUGAAGUAAUAUUCUUUCUUGCCAUAAAUAUUACUUCGACAUGUCAUAUCAUUAGACAAUCAAGCGAGUGCAUGAAAAAAAGAAUAUAUAUGCAAAAAAAAACUUUCUGUAUAGUUCAUAUACAUCUAUGGUGUUUAUUUUUGAAAAAAUAUAAAGAAUUUACUGAUGUUUUUUUUAUAAAUAUAAAAAUCGUAUUUAUAUUUAUUAAAUAAAAUAAAGUGAAAAAAACGUGAUCCUAGUAAAAAACAAAUAUUGUUUUGCAAUUAAAAUUACUUGCUUCUUUUUUCUAGCACGGGAUUUAGUGGCUAAAAGCAUCUGAGAAUAUCAUUAUUUUAUUGAAGAUUAAAAUCUUUCUAAUCUGUCGAUGCCCUGCACCCUAUCCUUAGAGCAGGACAAGAAAAAAAAAUACUCUGUGAGAGUCUCUGAUCUGAACCUUGUCUGUGGACAGAAUUUUAGAUGGAAAUUUUAUUAUUAAGAUUUCAGAAAGGGUCUAACCUACAGAAAGAAAAUUUCAAUAUAAAAAUGUUACAGUAACAGAAAAACUGAUUUUGUAAAUAUCGACGAUUUUAAUGAGAAUGGUUUAUUGUGAAAGUAUCACAUCUUUUCAUUUGGUUCUCUCUUGAUAUUCGAAUCUUAAUCCAGUUAAUUGAUAUGAGUUAUCUGCAGGAUAUGUUAUCAAUUCGAAAUUUGAAAAUCACUUUUUUUUUGUAUUAACAUAACAUUCAUUUAAAAAUAUUCUCUUAAUUUAAUUUUUAUUAAAUCUUUACUAACUAGAAAUCAUUUCAUUAUCACCUGCCGAAAUAAAAUUUUCAAAUGUUUCUUCACAAAUUACUAAUAAAUAAUUCUUUAAAUAAUAUUCAUACAAUAAAUAUUCGACAACUGAUUAUUUAUUUUAUUUCGUUCACGUUAUGCAUCAAGUAUCAAUAGUGAUCAAUCCAUGGGAAUUUGAUCUAUUCUGGUGUUUUUUUUGUUUUCUAUUUUAGUUUUUAUUGAACUAAAAAAUUACUCUUAAAAAAUAUAUCAAUACAAAUGAAAAUCAUUUUCAAGUUGCAAUACUCGAUUUCCUUGUUCAAUUACUUUUAAUUCAUGUUAAUUAUGAUUGAUUACAUGCUGGUGAAUUUCAUUAUAUUUUUAAUCGCUUUAUUUAUUUUUCAAAUAACAUUUUCUUACUCAUAUUAGCAAUCAACUUGAAAUGAUUGAAUAAACUACGUCCGCACCCACCCACACCGUCCGAUAGAUUAUCUGAUUGACAAGAUCAAAUUCGAUUUUCAACUCAAAUAAGAAGCACUUCACAGUUGAAGAGAUUAUUCUUGAAAUCGUCUGUUCUUUUUUUUUCCAUU